AGAAGAAGAGGAGGCGGCGGCAGAAGGGAGGCUCUCAAGCAGACAGUAGUAAACUGAAGGGACAGGGCGGCAGAAAGGAAACAGAGCUAGCGCGCUGCCAAAGGGCCGGGCCAGAGGCAGGGCAGAAGGGGUGGCAGACGGAAAGAGAGGCAACGGAGGCAAGGGAGGAAGCCGUCUAGAGGCAGAAGAAGAAGAGGAAUUGCGAGGGAAACUAGCAAAGGAAGGAAGGCAGCUCUGAGGGGGGGACGGAGGCAGAGCGAAAGGACAGGACACGAGCGGAAGAGACAACAGCCGCUACCUAGAGAGAAGUUCCAAGGAAGGGUUGAGGAAGUGGGGGGAAGGCAGCGGGAAGAGACAUGCGGCAGAGGAAGUGAAAGGAUAGGGAAGGACUCGCAGCUAGGCUGCGUCAAGGGACCAAGAGAGCGAGGUGCCCCGGUAACAGCUCUCCAGCCCAGGAGGCGACAGCAGCAGCAGCAGGAGGAGGAGGAGGUGGAGGAGGAGGAAGAGUAGACCAUGCCUUCCAGGAAAACAGGCGUAUUGUAACAGCACCCUUAUCUGCAGGCAAAGCAGCCCCCGAACUAGAUCAAGAAGCUGGGGGGAAGCAUACCCAGCCUGUCCAAUUCAAGGUUGAUGACAAUGAUCUGUCAAACUCUGUAGAGGAACAGCAUGGAGAUUGGCACUCUGAACUGUUAAUGGGGUCAUGGGACUCAUGUUGUCAUUGAUCACUUGUGUGGAUUUAACCAGUGAGGACCAUCAGCGACUGAUAGAAAGGCAUCAAGAAUUAACGCAGCACUGAAGGUCAUCAAAUCUUGUUCUAUUAAUUUCUAUCUGGGAGAAUGUCUGAGCAAGGUAAAACAGAGGAAGCUGGAAACGAACAAGACUCAGCCAUCUCCCAACAAGAGAACUGUAUCCUUAAUAAAACUGAAAGCCCAGAGGCAGAUGAAAAAGAGGAAAAUGGCAAAUCAGACCAGAAACGAGGUGCUAACCAGAACCAGCAGAAAAAGAGACCCAAGUCAGGAGGCAAGGGAAAACUGGUCCGAAGUCUUGCUGUAUGUGAAGAAUCAUACCCUCGUCUGGAAACAGAGAAUGACAAUCAGGAAUCAAUACAACUACAGCUUUCAAGUUUCCCCAGCCUACAAGAAGAGGAUAAAUCUAGUAAAGAUGACUCUGAGAAAGAAAAAGAAAAGGAUAAAAACAAAGAAAAAGAUAGAAACAGUGAAAAACCCAAGAUAAGAAUGUUAUCAAAAGACUGCAGCCAAGAAUACACAGACUCAACAGGCAUAGAUUUGCAUGAAUUUCUGGUUAACACAUUAAAGAAUAAUCCUAGGGACAGAAUGAUACUGUUAAAAAUGGAGCAGGAAAUUAUUGAUUUUAUUAGUGACAACAGUAAUCAUUAUAAAAAGUUCCCCCAGAUGUCAUCAUAUCAGCGAAUGCUAGUGCACAGAGUGGCAGCUUACUUUGGCAUGGAUCACAACGUGGAUCAGACUGGGAAAUCUGUAAUUAUCAACAAGACCAACAAUAUGAGAAUACCAGAGCAAAGGUUUUCUGAACAUUUAAAAGAUGAAAAAGGUGAAGAAUCCCAGAAGCGAUUUAUCUUGAAGCGAGAUAACUCUAGUAUUGAUAAAGAAGACAAUCAGCAAAACAGAAUUCAUCCAUUUAGCGAUGACAGACGAAGUAAAUCAAUUGAAGAGAGAGAAGAGGAGUAUCAGAGGGUGAGGGAGAGAAUAUUUGCACAAGAUUCAGUUUGCUCCCAAGAAAAUCUUUUUGUGGAUAACAGGCUCUUAGAGGAUACCGUAUGCAAUGAAACCCUUAAGAAAAGACAGCUUUUCAGGGGUAACAGAGAUAGUACAGGGAAGGCAUCUGGCAGUCGGCAAAGCAGUACAGAUAAUGAACUGAAGUGGACAGAUCACCAGAGGCCGUGGAGCAGCACAGACUCGGACAGUUCCAAUCGCAAUUUGAAGCCAGCCAUAACAAAGACAGCAAGUUUUGGUGGAAUAACUGUUCUGACAAGAGGAGAUAGCUCAUCAAGUAACAGGAGUACCGGCAAACUGUCUAAAACAGGUAGUUCAGAGUCUUCCAGCAGUGCUGGAUCCUCAGGAUCUCUGUCACGAACACAUCAACCUCUUCAAAGUGCACCCAUUGUUCCUGGAGUUACAGCCACAUCUUCGAGCAGUGUUUCCUAUACUGAGAAUGGGAUAGGUGGCCAGGUAGUACCAAGUAGCACCAGCUAUAUCAUACUUCCACUUGAAGCUACAGGGAUACCACCAGGAAGUAUCCUCCUCAAUCCACAUACAGGUCAACCAUUUGUAAACCCUGAUGGUACGCCUGCAAUAUAUAAUCCACCCAGCAGUCAGCAACCAAUUAGGAGCCAGAUAGUUGGACAGUCUCAGCAACCGCCUUCAUCCCAGCAACCACAGCAACAAAUUUCAAGUCACCUUGUCACACAGCCAGUUCAGGCUCUACAGUCCUCUUCUCAAUCAGUACAGUAUCCAACCGUUUCCUACCCUCCUCAGCAUCUUCUGGCAGUGUCUCCAACACAGCAGUUUCCUGUGCGAGAUGACAUGACAACACAGUUUAGCCAGAUGAGUUUAAGUCGUCAGUCAUCAGGAGACAACCCUGAUUCGCCUUCUGGUCCUGUCUACCCAUCACCUAUUAUACAACAGUCUUCCCCACAGACUGGUUAUGUCAUGGCACCCACAAGCCAGCAACUCCCCACUGGAGGUUUUACAAGUUCAGUCCCAUCGGUAUCCCAACAAGUACUGCAAGCCCCACCUCCACCGCAAGGUUAUGUUCAGCAACCACCACCUGCUCAGAUGCCUGUGUAUUAUUACCCAUCUGGUCAAUACCCUACCUCAGCAACUCAACAGUACAGACCCAUGGCCUCUGUUCAAUACAAUACACAACGGAGUCCACAAAUACCACAGACUGCACAGCAAGCAGGUUACCAGUCUGUCUUGCCUAAUCAACAAGGGUUCCAAGGACUCAUGGGAAUGCUACAGCCUCCCCAAAGUCAGAACCUAAUGAAUAAUCAACAGGGAAAUCAGGUGCAAGGCAUGAUGGUUCAGUACCCCGCCAUAUCGUCGUAUCAGGUGCCAAUGACCCAGGGUUCUCAAGGACUGCCACAGCAGUCAUAUCAACAGCCAAUCAUGCUACCUAAUCAAUCAGGUCAAGGAACACUUACAGCCACUGGAAUGCCCGUUUACUGUAAUGUCAUACCUCCUUCUCCGCAGAAUAAUCUCCGGUUGAUUGCCCCACACUGUCCCUCUAAUAAUGUUCCAGUUAUCUCUGCGAACUGCAGAACAAACUGUGCAAAUAUGAACAACACUGGAUGGCAGGUCAAGUACUGAAACUGUGAAAUCUUAGUACCAAUAUCUAAAGGUAGCUGUGCAUUUUUUAUGACAACUAUCUCAUGGCCUUCAAAUAAAAUGAGGAACACAACAAGAGUAAUUGGUUGAGGGCAUAGAGUCAGUGCUGCUGGAUAUAUGUAAAAACAACAACAACAAAAUGUAAUAAGUUGUUUGCUGGUUAAUGGUGCAUAUUUUUGUCAUGUCUGCUAGGUAUGCCUUUAUAGCUUAGCUAGUGACAUGAAAUCAUUGAGGUAAGAUUUUUUCCUACCACUGAACACCACUGUGUAGAUUAUAAUAUCCCUAAUUCAAAUUAGUUUUGUACUUUGUGUUGAGUUUGUGAAGCGAAAAGUAUUUAAAAAUAUAUAAUAAAACCACAUUGUACCAAAGUUGUAAUGGACAUUUUUAAAAAAAUAAUGAAUGGAAGGAAUAAUUUAUAUACA